AUGGCUGUCAAGUUAGUGAUCCCUAGGGCCCAUCGAGUACCCCCUGCUGUUUAUGUAUUUAUCAUCUUUACUUUUUUAUUCGCCUUAUUAUGCUCGACAAGCUGGCCACCUACCAACCUCAGCUCUGAUGAUGCCGACCGAAAGUUCGCCUUCAUCGUACCAGCCACUUCGCCGAGUCCCGAUCUCUGCAAAACUAUAACUACAGCACUUGCACUUGGAUAUCCAAGUCCGGUUAUUGUUAACUGGGGCCUAAACCAUCGCUCAAUCUCGGGAUGGCGCGGCGGUCACAUGCUGACAAAGACGCCUGGUAUUGUCAGAUACCUUGAUACUGCAAUGCAUCCCAAUGCACACCCCUCCGAGAAGCUACACGAAGAUGACAUUGUACUUGUUAUUGACGGCUACGAUGUUUGGUUCCAACUCCCUGCGCAGAUUCUCCUCGAACGAUACCACAAGAUAAACAGAGAAGCCAAUGAGAGGUUAUACAAGCAAUGGAACCGGAGGGGUCCAAUGCCAAUGCGACAAACUAUACUCUUUGGGUCUGGAAAGUGUUGCUACCCUGGCACUCUGAGGGCUGGUACGGACAUGCGGUGCGACCAGUGGCCCAUGAGUCCAUUGCGAACAGAUCUCUACGGCCCCGAGACCGAAAAGAAUAUGACACAAAACGAGAAGAUUCGACCUAAAUGGAUUAAUGACGGCAUCAUGAUAGGUCCCGCGGGUGAUGUAAGACGUUAUCUACGACAUGCCCAGGAGAAGAUGGAGAGGGGUCUCGGUCUGGGCAUUCACAUGUAUAGUUCUCAGGCCACCACAGGUGAAGUCUUUAUCGAACAGGAGAUCUUGCGGCAAUGGCAAAGAGAAAAUAAAACGCCUACGCAAAAUGUGCUGGAAGUUAUGAACAGCAAUCUUGAGUUUCAUGCGGGCCUCGAUUAUGGCCAGCAGAUAUCAGUGCAGACUACGAAGACAAGGAACCGGGAUAAAUCGGAGCAUGGAGACUUUGUUCGACUGGGUGACCAGUCAGAUAUUGACCAACAUUCUGAGGCUUUAGGUAUCGUACCUUCACGCAUACAAGGUCUCCCAGACGAUAUCAAGGCUGCGAGGAACCCAUUGAGCGACAUGGUAGGCGGAGCCAACUGGACUGACAUGCCGCUAUACGCCAACUUUUAUACCGAGUCAGUUCCUGUUAUGAUUCACUACAACAGCUUGAAGGACAGAAGGUCUUCAUGGUGGCACAAACCUUGGUAUUACCAACAUCUGAGAAAGCUUGUCAAGUCUGGCCUGGAACUAAGACAUCCUGACGAAUCUCUCGUGACACUGAAGUUGAGGAACGGACGUAUUAGGUACUGGGCAUUAUCUGCGGAAGAAGAGGAUCGAUAUCCAAGGCAGUUUAAUGGGACCGCAGAUGAGAGGUUGAACAAGAUGCAAUUCAAUGACAUUUGUAAGCAUGAGAAGACGGCGCCUCAUGGGCCGAAUCAGGAGUGGUGGGAGGAGGUGUUCCGUGAUACUGGGGGACCAUGGAAAUAG